AUGGCUAAAAUUACUUGGAUGGAAAUACCAAACCCAUUCAAAAAAAUCUAUUUUGAUAGUCACGAACAUGAAGAUGUGGUGGAAUCCAGAAAUCGUUUUCUCCAAAAGAUGGCUGAAUUACGAAAACAAAUGGCCUCAUAUGAAGGUGUAGGAUUAAACCAUAUCCCACCAGAACUUUAUCCCAAAAUAGUUCCUGUCACUCAAGACGAAACCACUCUUUAUUCAAAUGAUAGUGUGAAGAA